AUGACGUGGAUACCUUUGGAAUCUAAUCCUGAUGUUAUGAACAAGUUUUUAUACAAACUUGGAAUGCCAAAUAAGUAUCAUGUUGUUGAUGUGUGCGGCUUAGAUCCUGAAUUACUUGCCACAGUACCAAAACCGGUUCUCUCUAUUGUCCUUCUCUUUCCUUUCUCCGAUAAAUAUACUGAGGACAACACCAAACAAGAGGAUGAAAUAAAGAAGAAAGGUCAAAUAGUAACUGAGAAAAUUUUCUACAUGAAGCAGGUAGAGCCCAACGCGUGCGGAACCAUUGCUUUGGUUCAUAGUGUUGCCAAUAAUCUCGACAAAAUUGAUCUUCAAGAGGGACAUCUCAAGAAAUUCAUCGAUGCAACGAAAAAUCUGAACCCUGACGAAAAGGGCAAAUCAUUAGAGAAAGCUGACGGGAUCAUUAGCGCUCACAAGGAGGCGGCGUUGGAAGGCCAGACUGCUCCAACUGAAGAAGUGAAAUAUCACUUCAUUACAUUUGUGCAUCGAGAUGGCCAUCUUUAUGAGCUUGAUGGACGCAAAUCCUUUCCUGUUAAUCUUGGCGAAAGUACCAACGACUCUUUUCUUGAAGACGCUGCUCGAGUGUGUAAGGAGUACAUGAGCAAAUAUCCCGACGAGCUACGCUUUUCGGUUGUUGCUCUUACUGUUGCAGAGUAA